AACCAUGUUUGGUCUAUGUUUUCAACCAUAAACUAAGAUAUCUAAGAUAUUCCGUGGUGUUUUCAACCACAAAUUAAUUUUAUAUUUUGUACACUGUAGGUAAGAAAUUUUUUAUCCACUUGGGCGGGGACAAAGCCGUCCGUUGAAUAACCUACAGAAUUGAGUAUACAGGUUACGUUGUGUUUGUUAGUAAACAAAACUAAUUUUCGUUUAAUUUUUUUUUCUUAUAACUUUUUAUCUGUUCAACUUAUAGUUUUAGUAUUAUAUUGAUAAAUUGUUUUUAAGUUUGAUUUUUUAUUCGAAAAAAUUAUGCAGUGUAUGAUCGUUAAUCACAUUUGAAUCUCAGGUAAUUAUGGUUUGGGCGUAAACCUUUGGUAAGAAAUAUUUUUGCUAAUUCAAACAAAUGACAAACUAUAGGUAUAUUAUUACUUAUAUUGUUAUAAUUGUUAUUAUAUUAUCAAAUGUUUCGAAUUAAUGGUUUGUAAUUUACAUAAUCUGACAAUUUUAUUUUGGCUUCUUCUACCUGUAUAAUACAUUUUAAUUACUUUAAUUUUUCUAUUGGGACCUAUGUAAUAAUUACUAAAUUCUGAUAUAUAAUGAAAACAUAAAUAUAAACAAAAGCAAUAUGUUAAUUUAACCAUAGUAGACUUGUUAACUGUUUUUAUAAUGACUAAUGCAAUACAGUAUACCAAUUGUUUAACAUAGCUACUACCUGUUGAUUUUUUGUGAUUUUUCCAAUUGGUAUUUUUGCUUCUUAUUUUGAUUUGUAAAGUAUGUACAUUAAAUUUAUUUAUUAGACUUCAUAUUUAAGACAAAUAUUUAUAUUUUUUAAAAUAGGUACUCUAAAAUUUUAAGUUUGAAACUGUGAUUAAAAAUGUUACAUUUUUUUUUUCUUAAUACUAUUUCAAUUACAAUUUUAGUUUAUUUUAUUGAAACAUAAUUAUUUUUAUCUACACCUGCUAUUUUCUACUAAAUUUAAUUAUUUUUACUAAUGAAUAAAUAAUAACUAGUAGGAAUAAUGUAUGGAUGACUGUCUAUAUUAAAAAGUCAUUCUAAUUUACUGUAUCAUUUACUUUUACAGAAUUUUCAAGAUGAUGUCUUUAAUAGCAAUUUUAUUUUUAAAAUUGUGUUUGGCACAAGAAGCUUUAUUAGUUCCUCAAGAAAAUGAAUUUUCUCGAACAACAAAACUACAGUAUGAUUGGAAAAAUAAUUUCAAUAAUAAUCUAAUCAUUCCUGAUGCGUAUGUAUUUAGUUAUUAGUACCUAUUAUUUAAUGUUUAUUAUGUAGAUUAAAUACAAUAUCAAUUUUAUUAUUUUUUAGAAAUUAUUUUGUGGUUGCAAGUCGAAUAGUUCGACCAGGUCAAGUUUAUAGAGUGUCUGUUACUGUUUAUAAAGCUAAACAACCAAUUUCUGUAAGAGCUUCAAUUCAAAAGAAUGGAGUUGAAAUAACUUCUGAAAUUAGUGUGAUUAAAGAAGGAAUUCAAGAAACAUUAUUAUUAUUGGUUAGAAUUUAAAUUGUUUAUUCGAUGAGUAUGUAUGCUAUGAACUCAUUUUUUUUCAGGUCCCAACUAACAGUGUUACUGGUGAUUAUAAAUUAAGAGUAGAAGGCUUGUAUGAUGGUAUUAUUGGUGGAUAUGCAUUUACAAAUGAAACUAUAUUGAAUUUUUCACAACGGUCGAUGACAAUAUUUAUUCAAACUGAUAAACCAAUAUACAAACAAUCCGAUAUCGGUAUAUAAAUUGUUAAUGUCAUAGUUAAUGAAUUUAAGGCACUAAAAGAAAAUUAUUUUUACAUUUUAGUCUAUUUCCGAGCAAUUCCAAUUAAUACGGAAUUAAAAGCUUUUGACAAUCCUGUUGAUGUAUAUAUUUUGGAUCCAAACCGCCAUAUUAUGAGGAGGUGGCUUUCAAGACAAGUAUGAAUUUAUUGAUAUUAAUUUUAUUAAAAAUUUAAAUUAAUUUUUCAUAUUAAUAAAUUGUUUUAUAAUAUUUAUUACUUUUAUAGUCAAACUUUGGAUGUGUAAGUUUAAACUAUGAAAUGUCUGAUCAACCUGUUUUCGGAGAAUGGACCAUUCAAGUAGUAGCUCAAGGACAGAUUGAAGAAGUAAACUUUUUAGUAGAAGAAUAUUAUCAAACACGUUUUGAGGUAUAAUUCAUAAGUUAAAUUGGAACAAAUCUAAUUUAGGACCCAAGCUUGUUUUUUAAAUUUUUUUUUUUUCAUGUUUUAUUAAUGUACAAUAACUUCAAAAGUAAAUAUGAUGGGUAAGUUUUGAUUAUACCAAUGGAUUAAGCAUAAUAAAAAAAAAAUUGAAAAUGUUAAAUUCUCACUUAAAAAUACUCAAAACGAAAAACCCGAGCUUCAUUAAGUUUUCCCCCGUAACAUACGAAGUUCGUUUAAUUUUUUUUUUAGAUUCUUAAAGUACAAUCAAUAAUACAUUUUGAAAAAAAAAAAUUGAAAAACGAGAUUGGGUCAUAAAUUAAAUUUAAUUGCAAUUAAAUCUAUAAUUAAUUAUUGUAUUUAAUAUUUAGGUUAAUGUUACAAUGGCUGCUUAUUUUCUUGAUUCGGAUAAAUAUUUGACUGGCUUUGUAAUGGCAAAUUACACCAAUGGAGGACCUGUUAGUGGAAAUCUUACUUUAAAAGCCACAGUUAGACCACUUAAAAAUGGAUUUCAAAAUUUUGACGGUUCUGUUGUAGAGAAAUAUUUUAGCUUUGUAAGUCAAUAAAAAUAAUUACAAAUAUAUGUAUUCAUUUACUAAUCCAUUAAAAAUUAUCUUUCUUUUCCUAAGGAUGAAUCAAAUCCUUGGUAUCCUAAACAACCAGAGGAUGAAAGAAUAAAUGAAAUACCACAUAUUCAAUGGGUUAGUAUUUUAUAAUUACAUUAAAAUGAUUUUUUUUUCACAUUUCAAAUUAUUUGCUUUUUAAAUUAUAAAUUGUGUUCAAUUUAUUUAUGUUUUAGUUUUAUGGAGUAUAUAACUUCAAAUUUCCUUUAAGUGAAUUACAAAAAAAUUUUCCUAUCUUAGAAGGAACUGAAAUAACUAUAACAGCAAUAGUAGGAGAUAGAUAUUUAAAUGAAAUCAUUGAAGGUUAUUCAACUGCAAGAUUUUUCAAUUCUUCAGUUAGAGUUGCAUUUUUAGGUGGUUCACCACAAGUUUUUAAACCCACCAUGCCAUUUACCAUUUAUGUAAGUAUAAUAAUUUAUAAUUGUUUACCUAAUAUUACUAUUUUAUUUAUUUGUAUUGAUUUGUUAAAAUUAUAUUAUAACUAGGUAACAGUUUCUCAUCAUGAUGGUUCACCAUUAGAUAGAUAUAGAUUGUUACUUGGACGUUUAGAUAUGUUUGCUGAAGUGUCGUUUAAAGGUGAUAGUAAUUCUCGGAGAAUCGAUUCAAAAACAAUAAAAAUGUCAACUGAUCAUGAAGGAGUAUUUGAAAUCAAAUUAUAUUUGCGUACUGAAUUAGGUGAAUUUUCAGAAAUAAAAUGUAUUUGCAUUUAUAUAUAUAAAUUAUACUUAAAAUUAUAUUUUAGGUUUUGGAAUCAGUAAAGACGGUUCAGAUUUAUUAAAGAAUAUUGAUUCAAUGAAAAUAUAUGUACAUUUUAAAGAUAUGUUUGGUGAAACAUCAACUGCAGAUUUAUAUUUACUUACACAUUAUUCACCUAGUCAACAUCAUCUUAAAGUUUGGACUUCAACUAAAGAUGCCAAGGUAUUGUAUUUUACAUUAUUAAAAAAAUUUAACUUUUAUACAAGUAUGUUUAGGCAAUAUUAAUUUGUAUAUUUCAUAGGUUGGCCAGUUUAUAGUAUUUCAUGUUCAAAGUAAUUACUAUUUGGAAUCUUUUGAUUAUAUCUUGCUCUCUAAAGGUAUGAUAUUAUUAACUGGACAAGAAGUAACACAUGCUUCAACCAUUCGGACAUUUGCUAUUACUUUAUCAGCUGAAAUGGCCCCAGCUGCUACUAUUCUUGUGUACCAUGUUGGUAAAUUUGGAGAUGUAGUUGCAGAUAGUUUAACUUUCCCGGUGAAUGGAAUAUCAAGAAAUAAUGUAAGUUCAAAUUGAAAGAUAAUUGCAUUAUUUAUACCUUUGAUAAAUAUCAAAUAAUUUUAAUUUGUAUUUACUUUUAAUAGUUCACUGUAUUUAUCAAUAAUAAAAAAGCUAGGAAUGGUGAAAAGGUUGAAGUAGCAAUAUACGGUGAACCAGGAGCAUAUGUUGGUUUAUCUAGUUUAGAUUAUCCUUUCUAUAGUCUACAAGCAGGAAAUGAAUUAACAUACGCUAAGGUAUAUUUAUGCUCUAUCAACUGAGUAUCAAUAUGUACAAUUUUACUUAUUUUGAUUUAGAUUUUAACUAAAAUGGAAAGAUUUGAUGAAGAUACAAAUGGAACAAUUAUGCAUACUUGGCUAUCUCAUGAAGGUUCUCCUGAUGAAAUUGUUUAUUUUCCAUCAUCCACUUUCGGGAUUGAUGCAAAUCGUACAUUCGAGUAAGUUAAUAAAGUAUUAACAAAAAAAUAAAAAUGAGUUUGUAUAAUAUAUGUGUAUUAAUUUCUCAAUAUUUAUCCAGAAAUCUCCAUUUAAAAUAAUAAUUUGUUUUUGGCAUAGUCUUUAUUAUAGGCUGUUUUGUUAUUCUUUUUUGUCACCUUAUUUGGUUUUAAGAGUGAACAAAUUGUGAUCAUUGAUUAUAGUUAUAAGUGUUGUAUUGUAGGCUGUUAGACUGUGAUUACUUAAAUGAUAAAUUAUACAAUAUUUCAUCAAUUUGUUUUAAAAAAAAAAAUAUUUUUUUGUUUGAAUAUAUCUACUAUCAUUGCUUAGUACUUGCAAAAUAAUUCUAAUUAUGGUAAUGUUGAUUUUUUAUAAACAUUUUUAGAGGUAUUAUUUAUUUUUCAAAUAACUUUCCCUAAUAGAUUUGCUGGUGUAGUUGUAUUUACUGAUGUUGUUCUGCCACUUCGAAUUACUUUGUGUAACCGGACUCUAGGACAGGCUGAAUGUCUUAAUGGACAAUGUUACAUGGCAAAUAGAAAAUGUGAUGGGCAUCUUGACUGCAGCGAUGGCACUGAUGAAGCACUUUGUAAAUAUAUUAAAUCAUAUUUUUAAUUUUUAAUUUAAUACUAUUAAAUAUAUUGGCAUUGCGAUAUUUCUAAAAGUAUUAAUUUUUAAAAUUAUUUUUCUGAUAAUUUAAGAUGUAUGCAACUCUUUAAAAUGAUAAAUUUCCAUUACUUUUAGAAGUAAAACAACUAGUAAUUUUUGAUUUUCAAAUGGCAACCUAUAUUCAAAAUUCCAUAAAUAAAUGAAAUAUUAAUUUAAAUACAUUUUUCUGUUGAAAUUUUUGAUGAUAAUUUUAAUUAAAAUAUAACUGUUCUAAUUAAGUAUUUUAUACAUAUUCUGGUUUUAAAAAUUCUAUUAUGAUUUUAUACAGUCUAUUUAUAUAUCUCUACUUAAUCAUAUAAAAUAUUUUAGAUAGAGCUUUUGACUUCACAUUUAUUUUUAUUAUUAAAUAUUUAUAAUUUUAAUUCUAGUACCUAAUUCAUCAGUUAAUUAAUAAUUCAAUUAUCCAUUCAUUUUAACUUUUAAGUAAGUGUAAAAUAGCAAAUACUAUUUAAUAAAUUUAAAGUAGCCUACAUCAUAAAAGUAUAAUAACUAAAAUUAAUUUGUGUUUUGAUCGAUCAGAAUUUGACCAAAUUAACAAAUAUUCAUUACAGUAUAAUAACACUAUCAUGGUAAUUAAGUAUAUUUUUUUUUGGAAUUAGUUUGGUGAUAUUUUUUGAUUCUUAAAAACAUGUUUUAAAUUCUAAAUAAAGUAUACAAUAAACAAGUACCUAUUUUAGUAACAUAAAUUAAUAUUGUAAAUAAAACAAAAAAUACAAAUUUCAUCUGUUUUUUAUUUUACUUUGUUCUAUGUAUGUAUUAGGUCCAAUAUUUAAUCGUACUGAAUUCAAUAACUUCCGAAAGUUUCGUUACAAUCAUCUUCAAAGACAUUAUGAUAAUGUAUGGAUGUGGCAAGAUAUUAAUAUUGGUCCUCAUGGACGCUUCCUAUUUGAUAUAGAUGUACCCCACCGUCCUGCACAUUGGAUGAUAACCGCAUUUAGUUUGAGUCCUACAAACGGAUUUGGUAUGGUUAAAAAGCCUAUCGAAGUAUGUAUUAUUAAUAUAUUCUACAUUUUUAUUAUUCUUUUAAUAUAACAUAUUUUACAGUAUGCUGGAAUAAUGCCUUUUUUUAUGAAUGUCGAAAUGCCUACUCAUUGUAAACAAGGCGAGCAAAUUGGAAUUCGUGUGACUGUCUUUAAUUACAUGUACAGUAGUAUUGAAGCUUUAGUUGUUUUAUCCGGGUCAGAUUCUUAUAAAUUUGUUCAUGUCGAAGAUGAUGGAAUAGUAUGAAAAAUAAUAAUAUAUAUAAUUUUAUAGAUAUCACAAUUAGUUUUGAAUUAAUCAUUUUUAUUUAGGUUAGCUCUUAUAAUCCUAGAACAUCUCAUGGUGAUCAUCAAAUUUUGGUUUUUGUAAAGUUUCAAGAUGCAAAAUUUGUCUAUUUACCUAUAGUACCUACAAGACUUGGUGACAUUAGCAUCACUAUUGAAGCUAGUGCCCUAAUGGCUAAUGAUCGUAUAACGAGAAUUUUACAUGUGGAUGUAUGUUUAUAUUUAGUUAUGAAUGUUUAUUUGUAUAUAUUGCAUUGUAGUGAUUCUAUAAUUUCUCUUUAGUCGGAUGGAGUACCUCAAUACAGACAUCAAUCAAUGAUUUUGGAUCUCAGUAAUAGAGCAUAUGUUUUCCAAUAUUUGCAUGUAAAUGUUACUGAAACUCCUAUUAUACCCUAUAGUAUCGAUCGAUACUAUGUAUAUGGGUCAAACAAAGCCCAUGUUUCAUUAGUUGGAGAUGUUGUUGGACCAAUAUUCCCCACAAUGCCUGUUAAUGCAACAUCAUUACUUAAUUUACCUAUGGUAACACUUUACUUAUUAUUAAUUAUUAGAUUGAAUGUUAAAUUUUAUUUCUUAAAUGCCAGGAUGCUGCUGAACAAACAAUGUUUAGUUUUGCCGCUAAUUUAUAUACAACAAUUUAUAUGCGAUAUGCAAAUCAACGAAAUAGAACAUUAGAGAAACAGUCAUUUUACUAUCUGAAUAUUGGAUAUCAACGUAUGUUGUCAUAUAUGAACAGUGAUGGAUCAUUUAGUCUUUUCAGAAGUGACUGGUAUGAUAUUUAUUUUGUAAUCUUAUGUUUUUAUUUUUUUUUCCGAAUAUUUAAUUUAUUAUUUUAGGAACAUGUCUUAUUCGAGUGUGUGGUUAACUUCAUACUGUGCUAGAGUAUUUCAAGAAGCAAACUUUUAUGAAUGGGAAAAUUUUAUAUUUAUUGAUCCUCAGGUAAUAAAGAGAAUAUUUCUUAGUAAAAAUGUAAACUAAUAAAAAAAUAACAGUAUACAGCAAUUAAUUAUAAUAUUAUAAUCUAACAUUUUACUAUAUUUAAAAUAUAAUUAAUUAUUAUUAAUAUCUUAAAUAAAUUUAGGUGAUUUCAAAAGCUUUAAUAUGGGUAUUGGAUCAUCAAACUGAAGAAGGAUCAUUUUAUGAUGUUUCGUGGUUCCCUGAUCGUAAGGUUAACAGUACCAUACAUAGAAACAUUUUAUAUGGCAACAAUAGAGUACAAAGAUUUUCUAAUAUAUCAUUAACUGCCCAAGUUCUUAUAACAUUAACAAACGCAAAAGAUUUGUCAGGGGUAAGUGAUAAAAUUUGUAUUUUAUAACUUUUAAUAUAUUUUGUAUCUACCUAUAUGAUUUAAUUUUAUGCUAGGGAUUGGGAUCAAAAAUCGCUCAGGGUGAAAGUCGAGCCGUAAAGUAUUUAGAAAAAAAUAUGAAUUUAUUAAAUAUGUCUGGGGAACCAUAUGAAAUUGCUCUUGUUGCUUAUGCAUUGAUGUUGACUAAAUCUUCUUUUGCGGAAUUUGCAUUUAGUCUAUUAGCUAGACAUUCCAGAAGAGAAGGUUUGUUUUUAAUAUUCUGAAUUUUAUUAAAGAUAGUAUUUUGAUUUUAAUAUUUUUAUAGGUGGAUUAAUGUAUUGGGGUAAAGAAUUUGUUCCUAUGCCUCCUACAAAAAUGGAAAAUCAAAAACCUUUUUUGUUACCACGUCUACCGUACAAAUUUGACUCUAUUAAUAUUGAAACAACAGCGUAUGCUCUGCUUGUAUAUGUUGCUAGAAAAGAACCAUUUGUUGAUGAUGUUGUUAAGUGGUUAAAUUCUCAAAGACUUACUGAUGGUGGUUGGGCCUCCACACAAGAUACUGCUAUUGCUAUGAAAGCUCUAAUCGAGUACACAAACAGAAACAGACUUAGAGAUGUAUUUACAUUGACAGUUACUGUUGAAGCAACAGCUCUUUCGGGAAAAACAAAGAUAUUAAAAGUUAACAGUGAAAAUAUAGCUCAAUUACAAAAAAUAGAGGUAAUUUGUUUUUAAAUUUGUUAGUUUUUAAAUUGUAUUUAUUAAUAUUUAAUAAUUCAUUGUAUAAUAAUUUGAUAAUUAAUAUUAUUAUCAACAUUUAUAUUUAAGAUUCCACAAGCUUGGGGUACUGUUAAAGUGCAAGCCAAAGGUUCAGGCUAUGCAAUCUUACAAAUGUCUGUUCAAUAUAAUGUAGACGUAGCUAAAUUUCAAACAACUCCUCCUGAACGAGCGUUUGGAUUAGUAACACGUGCAGAUUUUCAUGGCCGCAAUCAGUCUCAUAUUACUUAUCGGAGUUGCCAAAAGUAAUUACAAUAAAUAAUAUUGAUACUUCUAUUUUAAUUUUAAUGACUGAAUUAAUUUUUAUUAAGGUGGACCUAUCAUGAAGAAUCACCUAGAUCUGGAUUGGCUGUUUUAGAUGUUACCAUUCCAACUGGCUAUAUAAUGCAACAACAAAAUUUAGAUGCUUAUGUCUUACAGCGAAAAGUUCCAAAUUUACAAAGAGCUCGAUAUUUCCCAGGAAAACUAUUGUUUUACUUUGAUUAUGUAAUAAUUAAUAUAUGUUUAUGCAUAUUAUUUUUUAUAUAUAUAUAUAUAUAAAUAGUUAAAACUUAUUUUGUUUUUUAUUUAUAGUUGGAUGACUCAGAAACAUGUGUUAAAUUUACUAUAGAGAGAUGGUAUCCUGUAGCAAAUAUGUCUCGUUAUUUACCUAUACGUGUAUAUGAUUAUUAUGCUCCAGGUUUGUUUAUAAGUUUUAUUAAAGAAAAUAUAGAUUAUAUACUAAAUCCUUAAUUAUAUUUUAAUAUUCUAUGAUAAAACUAUUGUUAUGUUUUAGAACGAUUUAACGAAACAAUAUUUGAUGCUCUGCCAACGUAUUUGUUGAAUAUUUGUGAAGUAUGUGGUAGUAGUCACUGCCCUUACUGUCCAAUAUUUAAUAGUGCUGUUCAAUUGUCCAUUCCAACUGCAAUGAUCUCCGUUGUUAUUUGUCUUAUAUCUUAUGUUUAUAACAAGCAAACAGUAAUGACUUAAACCAAAUAGUAGGUAUGCUAAAAUGUUUAAUCUAAAUGCACCUUUUAAGGACCAAAUAUCUUUUAAAGAUUAAAUAAGUAAUUCCAAGACUGGCUUAAAAUAGUAUUUUUUUUUUUUAUACAUAAAUUAAAUUGAAUAAUUUUUGGACCAUUAUUUUUAUUGAAUAAAAAAAAAAUUUUCUUUUUUAGUAUAAAUAAUUAAACACGUGAUCUAUAACUGCAUAGUAGGUAAAAACUGUACACACUAUUUUGAUUCUAAUGUACCAUAAAAACACCCCUUUUCUGCAACAUAUAUAAAUAAACACAUAUUUUUUUACGAAUCAUAUCAAACAUAAUAUAAGAAUAUCAUUUUUAUAUUGAAACAAAGUUUUCUAGUGAACAUUUAUCAAAAGCAUACAUACAUUUUUUGUAUUUAUUAAUAACUAACUUAAACAGUUGGUUAAUUCUAUUUAGUAAAUAAGGCACUAUUAGUAAAUAAAUAUGUUUGAUAAUUUUAUUUUAUACACUACACAAAUAAUACAAAUAAGGAUAUACAAUAUACUGGCCAGCAUCAUAUACUUUCAUAUGAUACUGUCAGGACACAUUGUAUGUAUUAGAUAGCAAUGGGAUUGAAAUUAUAAUAAUUUUAAAUAUUUAUAUAUUGUUGAAAUAUAUUUUAACCAUUAUCAAAAAUUAUUAGCCAAAAGUUAAUAUCAUGACAAUGUAAAUUAUCAAAUUACUGAAUAUAACUUUAUUAUUUAUUGAAUUAUAUUAUCAUACAGUCUACAUGUAUAUAAUUUGUAGAUUCAGUACACUGCUAAAUAAAUGGUGUGUAGUUUGUUUUGUAUUUUUUUUUUUUAGUUAUAAUAAAGUGCAGUUAUGGGAAUCAUUGGAUUAAAGGUCUGAAUUUGUAUUUACAAAUCUCACUCGAUACCUACUAAAAACAUUGUUUUUCCACGUAAACCUUUUAUAUUAUUAAAAUUUCAUAAUAAAUGUUGUUUUAAACAUGUAAAACGUUAUCAAUUUCUAAUAUUUAAAAAUAAGUUAUUACCAAUUUUAACUUCAAAUAAUAAUAAAUUGCCAACUAAUAAUAGCUUUAAAUGUUUUUAUAUGAAUAACUGUCAAGAGUUAAAAUUAUUAUUGAUUUUUUUUUUAUUUUAUAAACUAAUAUUAUAUUGAAAAUAUAUUAUAAUACACUGAUUUAAAUGAUAGUAUUAUUCAAAAUACUAUAAAUAUAUAAUUUAUAAAUUAUAAAAUGGAAUGUGAUUUAUAUUCUACUAUACUUGUUCAAUGUAUUAGCAUAAAAGUAACUAAUAGUUAAUAUAUUACAUUUCAUACCAUAUUUAAAUAUUUUUAUUUUUGGAAUAUCUAGUAUUCAAAGAUUAUGUCUUUGAACAAAUAUUAACAAUAUAUUCAUUAAUAAAUAUAUUAAAUGCAAUUAUUUAACAUUUUAGUAUGUUUUUUUUUAUUUAUAGUUUUUAUUAGCUAAUAAAAUAUAUUAUUCACUCAAACAUUAAUCUUAAAUUUCGGAUUAGAUCUGUUAUUUUAAUUUUAGUUACAUUGAAGAACAAUUAUUUUAUAAUAAAAUAUAUUAUUUAAGUAUAUAGAGUUAUAUGUGUUCAAGUGUACCGAAAUAUUCUAAAAUAAUGUUUAAUAAUUAAUGAACAAUAUUGUAAUAAUAAUUAUUAUAUUUAGCAUGUUAAAUUGUAAUCGAUUUUAAUUAAGUUUUUACUUUUAGCAUUAAUUUGUGAAACUAACUCCGUCCAUUUGUUAACUUUUUUCCUUC